AUGCCUCAGACAACAUCGUCACCAGAGGAACUGGACCCGGGCUCGUCAACGCCAGGGAACAGCCAAACCGGAGGGAACCCGCUUACACCGCCAAUCCCCCAGCACAUCCUGUCCUUCGUGGAUCACUCCACAUGGGGAGACCUCGCGGCCAUCGACGAGAUCGAGGAGCCCACGCCCAAGCAGAUGAACUCCCACAUCUAUUUCCUCAUGGAAAUUUUCUGGGCUUCUACGAGCUACGCAGGACGAAAGCUCUGGGGCGCAUUCAAGGACGAAUUCGACGAAUGGACCGCCCAACGAUGGGACAUGGUUCCCGACCGUACCCGAAAGCACCUCCGCGCCUUCCUGAGCACCAACGGCGUCAUCCAGGAUCUCUCCCAAUUGACGCCAACGACCCCGACAGCCCCAGCAACCGCCUCACCGGUCCUAGCGACCAUCCCGACACAACCACAGGCCUCUCAGCAAAUCCCACAAGCAAUCCCGGCGCCACGACAACAAAACCCCAUUCCCCAGACGGCACCGAAACGGGAAGCAGAUUGGGAAACAACCUCGGAAACUAGACAAGACCCCCAGACCUGGCCCCGCCCGUCCGAGGAACCGUACUACGCACCGCGAGGAAAUGCUAAACACCUCGCAGAUUUAGCCAAGUUGUACAGCGACGACAUGAAGUACGGCGGCGGAGACUACGACAUUCUCGACACAAAAAUGGCGAUUUUCCGAGAUUUGUGUAAUCGAAUCCAAAUUCCAAGAUGGCAAGCCAGUGACGCUUUUCCGAUCAUGCUCAAGGACCGAGCCUUACGAUACUAUUACGACUGGCUUUGCAGCGGCCCCCGGGACUUCGAUACCAUGGUAGCCAAGAUCAGAGGAUACUUCGAGAACGAAGAGCAGCGGCACCGGUAUCUGGCAGCAUGGCGCGACGCUAGAUUAAUCAACAUGCAGGCCGAGCACCCCGACAAGUCCAAAUCCGAGUGCCUGGAACUUCUGAUCAACAGGCUUGCCCUGAUUCAACGCGCAGUACCGGCAAUUGGCCAGACAGAGGAUACACUGCGCAUGCAACUCUUGAACGCAUGCCGUGGUGUUGCCGAGGCCAGGAUGGCCCUCUUCAACCCGGCGCCAACCUUCGAAGGCGUCCGCAACCAGCUGCAAGCGGCGAUUGGAAUCACCACCGAAAAUCCCGGACCUCAACAGUUCAACACCGACGCCACUGACUCGGAGACGUUCUGGACGGACAGGACGUACAGAGGAUCCGGCAGAGAAUCUAGAUUUGGUCGCAACCAAGGAGGACCACGCCGAGGAGGAUUCAGCAACUCCAAAUUCAGUCGACCCCCCACCGAGAGGAAGUGCUUCGUGUGCGGCAAACCCGGCUGCUGGUCAACAACUCACCCAAUCGAAGACAGGAAGAAGUCCUACGAAAGUUUAUUCUACUGGCAUGAGGGAUCUGAACUCGAAGCCGAUUACGAAGAUAACCCCGUCAGCCAAUUCUUCCAAAAAUACGACGAUCACGACGACGAUACUAUCGACAACAGAGGAAAAUUCCACAGCACCUUCUUCAACGAUUCCGCACCUGCAGAUGCGAUUCAGGUUACGACACUCCUGGCAAACGCGGCCACCCACCACUUCCUAACGAAGGAAGACCCCUUUCAAGAGCAGGACCCCUCGGAGACUUACACCGCCGAGGGCCGGUAUUCUGCAACAACUUUCAGGGGUAUCAUGCCCGACUCCGGAGCCGCACAAUUCUCAACAGCCGGCCAACCGCAAUUCCAGGCCCUGCAACGUCAACUCCCUUCAGCUACCCUGGACACAACAAGGGCCGGAGAAGCCAUCGUCAAAUUCGGCUAUGGGACACCUAAGGCCUCCCUGGGAACAACAACAGUGCCCACACCCCUGGGAACGAUCGAUUUCCACGUGAUGGAAACGGAGACCCCUUUCCUACUUUGCCUCAGGGAUAUGGACAGACUCGGCAUCAAGUUCGACAACUUGAGGAACCUCCUACAACGAGGAGACGUCGAGGUUCCCGUUACACGGAAAUGGGGACAUCCCUGGCUUCAACUAACCCAGGAGGAAGCUCUGGUGUGCAGUUAUCUCACCGACGGUGAACUGCGGCGACUACAUCGACGAUUCGGACACCCCUCUGUUGCGCGCCUUUACAAGCUCCUCAAGACUGCAGGACACCCAGUGGAGAUCCAAGCCCUGGAGCUCAUCGCCAAAGUGUGCCACCACUGCCAAAUGCACUCCGCACGCCCAGCUCGCUUCAAAUUCACCCUUCACGAUGAUUGCGAGUUCAACUACGAGGUCAUCAUGGAUAUCUUCUACGUGGAGGGCAACAAACCAGUUCUACACCUCGUCGACGCGGCCACAGCUUUCAACGCCGCGCGUUUCCUUCCAGACGUAUCAACAAAGUACGUGUGGGAAGCAUUGCGCCUUUGCUGGAUUGACGUGUACCAAGGACCCCCUGACUACGUCGUUACCGAUGCAGGGAAGCAAUUCGCUUCCACAGAGUUCCGCCAGAACGCCAAGGAGAUGGCGAUUACCGUCAAGGAAGUCCCGAUCGAAGCCCAUAACAGCAUCGGCAAGGUAGAACGGUACCAUGCACCUGUACGACGUGCGUACGAAAUCCUACGCAAAGAGGACCCCUCUGCAAGCCCAGAACUGUCUCUGCAAAUGGCUGUCAAGGCUGUGAACGACACUGCAGGUCCCAACGGACUUGUGCCAACUCUGUUGGUAUUUGGCGCCUACCCAAGGAUGACACACAACUCUGCGCCAUCGCCAACGCUACAACAACGCGCCCAGGCGAUCAAGAAAGCCACAGACGCCGUCCGCAGGCUCCAUGCUGAACGCAAGGUGUGGCGCGAGAAAAGCCGCCGAUGGGAAGGACCUUUCACAUUAAUCGGUGUCCACGACGAAGACUGCAUCGUGGAAACAAGCCGCGGCGCACAGAAGUUCCGCUCUACGGUGGUCAAGCCGUACUACGAGGACCCUGCUCAACAGGACGACCCUGCGAACCAGAAAGACACCGCAGAGAAACCAGCACCUGAAGUUCCGGACUCUCAACCAAGGAGCACGACCCCUCCUGGAAACGCCAUCGAAGAAGAGCCAAUCCUCGAUUCGAUAAUUACGCCGCACUCGCAGUCCAGCAGUUUGCGCGCCGAUGGCAAGGUCACUACACCCGGGGAACCUUUUGAGGAGUCUUCUAAACAAGAGAUCGAGAGCCUUAUUACCCGAGGCGUCUUCGAAUUUGUCAAAUACGACGAGGACUUACACGGCGACGCAGAGAUCUUUAAGUCAAGGAUCGUAAACGAAAUUAAGGGCAAGACAACGGACAAGCCCUAUGAGAAAUCGAGGCUUGUGGUCCAAGGCUUCGGAGACGCAGGAAAGGAAGCCAUCCUCACGCAGUCGCCAACAAUCCAACGCGCAAGCCAACGCCUGAUCCUCGCCAUCGCGCCGUCACUUCAGAGACAGGGUUGUCUCCUUUGGCUGCGCGAUAUUACGCAAGCCUACGUGCAGUCGGAAAAGGCACUCCAGCGCAAGAUUUUGGCAUUUUUGCCCCAACAGAUCAGGCACUUAUACCCCGAGGGAACCGUGAUGCGCGUGAUCAAGCCGUUGUACGGGCUGGCAGAGGCAGGAACCUAUUGGUGGACGGCGUUCUCACAACGCGAGAACGAUCAACUGAAGGAGGGCGUCAUUCAGCGCUCAAAGGACAAGCAAUUUCUCACCACCGCGGAACCCCUGGUUUUCAACGGCGGCAUCGUUACACUCAACAAAAACGGUUCAAUCACCCUGCGGCAGAAGGGUCAAGCCCAGAAGCUGCAAUUGAUCGACGCCAACGCGCCAGACGCCAAACAACACGCAGCCCAACACCAAGAACCGACCCCUGACGAUAUCAAGACUCUUAACCGAAGGAUCCAGUGGCAGAUGGACUCACAGGACAGGGGACUCACGUUCUUACCCCUGAACCUGGAGACUGCAAGACUGUACGUCUUCGUUGACGGCUCUUUUGCCAACAACAGAGAUUUCACCUCCCAGCUCGGGUUUGCGAUCAUCCUGGCCAACGAAGACGAGAUCAACGAUCGCCACGAGUUCUCCAUUACAGGGAACCUCAUCCACUUCAGCAGCACCAAGAGUAAGAGGGUUACCCGCAGCGUCCUAGCUUCCGAGGUUUACGGAAUGGUGGCCGGCGUGGAUAUGGCUUACGCCCUGGCUUCAACAUUACGCCAGAUCACUGCCCACCUGAACCUUCCUGCCAUCCCAACCAUCGUCUGUACAGAUUCUUACUCACUGUACGAAUGUCUUGUGAAACUCGGGACUACGAAGGAAAAGCGGUUGAUGAUCGAUAUCAUGGCACUGCGCCAGUCCUACGAGCGCAGAGAACUCCAGGAAGAUGGGUCUCACGUUAGGAGGCCUUUGGGGGACUACGAAGGGGAUAUUUGGGGACAUCAACUCCCUUUCGGUCUCUACCUUAAGAUGGUCAGGUUGGCGGCACGCCACGAGAGCUUGAUCAACGAACACGCGGCGUUGCAAUUAGUCAGACGACACACCAACCUGCCGGUCCCCCGCGCGCUGGACCUGGUCUCAAACUCGACCGAAAUAUACCUGCUAACCACUCGAAUCCCGGGCCACAAGGUUGGGUUAUGCCUCGAUUCCAUGAGCGACCAAGCUACUCGCAUGCUUGUUGAUGAGCUCCGCGGGCAUUUGGCAGCGCUCCGCGACAUUCCCAUGCCUGGGGAUUGGCAGUAUGUGAUCGCCAAUGCUGCCGGGGGGCCAUGUUUCGACUAUCGGAUCUAUGCAGCGCAACCCGGCGACGGAACAACAUGGGUUGUAGGGCCGUUCCUCAGCGAGAACGACUUCAACCAGGCUCUGCGAUGUGGUGCCAUCCCUGAGGUAGUCCACCGCAGCGGACAUAGGAUGGCUUUUACGCACGGUGACCUCAACAUGAGAAAUGUCCUUGUGGACGAAUAUGGAAGACUGAGUGGAGUAGUCGACUGGGAGAACGCCGGUUGGUUUCCGGAGUACUGGGAUUACACCAAGGCUUUUUUCGUGACUAAAUACAACCAGCGAUGGCUCCGGAUGGUUGAAGACAUGUUUGGCCAGUUUGGGGAUUUUCAACGGGAGUUGGCGACGGAGACGGAGCUCUGGAACUAUUGCUUUUGA